GAAAACAAUAAAGAGGAGAGGAGUAAAGAGAGAGGGGGGAGACAGAAAGGAACGAGAGAAAAGAGAAAUGGGGCAAAGUGAGGAGCGGUGAGGAACAAUAGGGAAAGAACGGGACGGGGUGGUUCCCCUUUCCACCACCAGAUGGCUCAACAUGUGCGACCGAGCGGCGCCCGCCCAGUCAAGAUGUCUGCCUGGACGGCGCUGCCGGGAAGCUCCGCUCUCAGGAAAAUUAUCGUCCCCGCUUGCUUCCUGCACGCCGUCGCGGCCAAGACAUGCAUGAGUCACCUGGAGCAGGAGAUGCCCGCCAACAGCAGCGACCUGCUGAACAUCACCAGCUGGAAGCACUACUACUACCACUGCCCGGGCAUCUACCACCCACCGGACUACACGGAGUGCUGUGGCCCAGAGGCCUCCAAAUGCUGCCCUCCUGACAGAUGGUUCUACGAGAUUGACAACACGCUGGCGACGGCCAUCGCUGUCUCGGUGACGCUGACGUGCUUCGCGCUCACCCUGCUCGUCAUCGUGUGCUGCUUCUGGCCGCGCUGCCCGCUGUACAACGCCUGCAGGUCGCGCUACAAUCACGACAUCCCGCACCACAAAUCUCAAGAGUUUGUGAUGGAGACGAUGCCGACGGAGUCGCCCGGAAACAAGAAAAAAUAUGCCCCGCUGGCUUCUACAAAUGGCAGCCCGACCCUGGACGGCAACGUCAAAACUCCGAGCCAGCGUAAGCCCACGCCCGGGGCGACAGCAGUGUAGCGCGCGUCCAGUCCUAGCUUGCAUAAAGUGAAGAAGUGGCUACUUAACGAAGUGAACGACGCUGCUGGCAAGCGUUCACAGAAGCCCACUUGUUCGCUCCGUGAACCCGCCGUCAGAGAAUCUACCAAAAAGAACAAGCAUCAGAAGGCACAAUCGUGCGUAUCAUCAAGCAACGUGCGCGCGUGUGCCACAGUCCAACUUCCCAACCCUGGAUGCCUAAAAUUUGGUUCCUACGAAGCAAGGUGCCGUCUGCGAAAGCUGCCUCAUAGCGAUCCAAGAAACAAUCUAGAAAUUGUGCCGUCGACGCCAAGAGUUUGCUUGCAAGUGAGCUGGAAACAUUGACGCGUAAAUUUGUUUUGAAUUUUGCACUCCACUGCCUAUAGAAAGCUCAUUGUUGCGAUAAAGAAGAGCAGACACUAUACUCUCAAUGCUUAGUAAAGCUACUAGAAAAAAAAAGAACUCAACUGAGCACUAAAGAGUCGAAGAAACACAAAAUAAACACAAACUGAUGCUGAAAA